AUGAAAAUCUCAGCGUCAUCGCCGCAAUGGAUUGCUGGUGCCUUGCUGUGCAUGGGGUUGGUGUCCGCGCACACGGUUAUCGUCUACCCCGGCUACAGAGGCAACAAUCUCCACACCACUGGAGAAGUUGGUGAAGUGGGAGGUCUUGGCGUGGCAUAUGAUAGCGACAACGAGACUUUGGUUUACCCCUAUGGCAUGCAAUGGAUCUACCCUUGCGGCGGCAUGCCUUUGUCCACGAACCGAACGAAGUGGCCAAUCCGUGGCGGCGCAAUCGCCCUUCAACCAGGCUGGUUCCCCGGCCACGCUCGAGCGAUGAUGUUCUUCAACCUGGGUCUGGGCACGGAGCCCCCGAACAUGAGCCAUCCCAUGAUCACACCGUUUGAAAUCGUCGGUCCAGAUAACGAUCCUUACCCUGGCACAAUCUGUCUUCCGCAAGUCCCGCUACCUGCCAACGUUGAUGUAAAGGUUGGGGACAAUGCGACGAUCCAGGUCAUCGAGCUUGCUCAACCUUGUGCCGCUUUGUACAAUUGUGCAGACAUUACCUUUGCCGAACCCGAAGACGUCGCCGAAGUCAACGACACAAAUUGCUUCAACUCCAGCCAUAUCUCCUUCGAGACCGUCUUCACCACAUCAUCAUUAGACAGCGCCGGCUUUGAGAUCAUCACACUGCCCUCCUUCAUCACGACAUUGUUACCAGCGUUACUAGCUAUCGCGUACGCGAUGCUGAUGGCGUAA